GCGCCGGGCGGGGGCUGCGCGUCGUGACUGGCAGCCGGGCACUGCGGGGCGAUGCUGCUGCUGCUGCUGCUGGUGCUGGGCAGCCUGCGGGGCUGGGGCGCGGCCGGGCCGGGGGCAUCGCCCGCGCCCUGCCAGGCGCCGCUGCAGUGGGAAGGGCGCACCGUGGCCUACGACCACACCACGGGCCGCAACACCCGCGCCGCCGUCUCCUACGACGGCCCUGGCCAGCGCGUCCGCCUGCUGGAGGAGAGGAAGGGGCUCAUCCCCUGCAAGAAAUUCUUUGAAUACAUAUUCCUCUAUAAAGACGCAGUGCUGUUUCAGAUUGAACAAGUUACAAAGCUGUGCUCAAAAAUUGCUCUGACUGAGCCAUGGGAUCCUUAUGAUAUUCCUGCCAAUUCAACUUAUGAAGAUCAGUACUACAUUGGAGGACCAGGAGAUGAAAUUAUGGUACAGGAAUGGUCUGAUAGAAAGCCAGCCAGGAAACUUGAAUCCUGGGUUGGAGUUUACACAAUUAAGGACUGUUACCCAGUACAGGAAACCUAUACCAGGAACUACAGCGUGACAACUUCCACCCGUUUUUUUGAUCUACAGCUGGGUAUUAGUGACCCCUCUGUGUUUACCCCACCCAGCACCUGCCAAGAAGCACAGCCAAGACGGAUGAAAGAUGAAUGCUGAUUAUGGAUGUUGGCUGCCACAGCAAACAAAUAAUAAUGAAGGGGAUGACAAUUAAUAAUCAACUGUUGACAUCUAACUUGAUUUUCAAGCUGAUUGUUGCUCUUUUGGGAAUCAUAACAUUUUUGUUUGCAAGGGAACAUACCAUUUAAUUGAGUAAUAUGUAUAACAGAAAAGAUGUCUUGAUUUCAGUUGUUCCCUAUGUUAGACUCUCUUCGGCGAUGUACUUGCUGUUGUAGAGUUUCCACUAAAGUUAUGUUUCUAGAUACUGUUUAUUUUAAUUGUGACUAAUUUUUAAAAUAUUUUAUUAUUUAAUUUUCCAGGAUGACAACACAAAAGUAUGUUGUGCUCUUAACAUGAAAAAGGAAAAGCAGAACAUUGUUACUUAUGAAGAGACUGGUAUGCAGUGAGGUUAGCAAAAAGUAUUGUGUGCUGAACAGUAAACACAAGAUGGCACUUAAGCAGAGUGUGUCAGAGAGAUUAAAUAUGAUCUCUUGGCUUCUGGGUUUCAUUUUUUGAGGGUUUUCUUCCUUUUUAUUCUUCAGAAAGGUAAUAGUCAAGUCUUUGGUUUGUUUAAUGUUUUCCUAAGAAACCAGAGUAACUGUUCAUAUAGCACUAAUAUAAAAUUUGUAGAGAGUAAAAUACAAAAUUAAACCAAAGUUUUCUUGUAUUUCCUAGUCCCAGAGAAUCUAAUUAGACAACUUUUUGGUUCUUUACAUUGCUAAUACAUGGUUUGUCAAGGCAUUAUUGCUUUUAACCUAUGCAAAGAGAUUAAUAUAUAGCACACUCUAAAUUGCUUUCAUAAUCCGUAACUCCUAUUUUCAGACGUCUUGCCUUUUCAAGGAGUAUGAAAGGCUUUAUAAUUUCAGGUAGAAGUAAAAGCACCUGUUCCUGUCACCUGACUAGGCAAAAUUAGAUUUAUAUAUGUACAGCGCCUCACAUUUCAUUCAAGCGAAAGACCUGUGCGUGUGACAGAUUGGCAGGGGGAGGAAGAGGUUUUUGAAAUGCCUUCUGCAUGGUAUGAUUACAGUGUGCUAGUAUCUAAGCAUAAUGACAAUCUUGCUUCUGUUUGCACCUACCCCUUUGAUCACUGAGCAUGUUUGGGGUUAGAUCAGCUUUCCAAGGCAUUAUCCUCUACAGCUUUUUGCUGGUGGGAGGAAAGAGACCCUAGUUUAACUUUAAAUAAAUAAAUAAAUACAUAAAUAACAUCCAAGAAGCCCCAAGAAUUGCACUUUUAUAGCCAUAAAAAAGCAAAAGAAGAUCUGCACAGGACAUUUCAAAUGAUAUCAGUUUAAUGGCCCCACUCUUUAUGCUUUUACAUUUGUUAUAAAUACAUCUAUAUUCCACAAGUUUAAGAUUUUAUUUUUAAUGAAUAAUAUAUUUAUAGAUAUAUUUUUAUUUCCUUGCUAGCAUUGGGUUUUACCUUACUCUGCAAGUUGUCCUGCAAUGUAAGGGUUAGUUGCAUUUAGUGUGAGUUGGGAUGUCAAGUUAUGGAGCUGGAGUUAGGUGUUUAAUACUUUCAUAUGAGGUAUCCUUUCCUAGGACAAUUUUCUUAAAGACAAGAAUAAUCUUGUGGACAGUGAGAGAGGGACUCUCGUUAAUACAAUGUAUAAUUUCUUAACCAGAUGCACCAUACCUAACAAAUACCCAAAUCAUAGAGUCAUAGUGUAAAUUAUUUUAGGAAGAGAGUGAUACUAGGUACUUGAUUAGUUUCUCAAACCUUAGUAGAUUUUAUCACUUAGAGGGGUAGCCCAAUAGAUGUGGUCUGAAACACUGCUUAGUGUACUGAGAGAAAUAUUACUUAGUGUAAUGCCUAUUGCACAUACCCAUGUGAAAAAGCUAAAAUAUAAUGUUAAUUAUAAAAGUUUCCCAAAUAUAACAUUUUCAUUAGAAAAAGGAUUGGUUUAGCUAUGAAUUUAGUAUGCAUUCAGUCUGUGUGAUCCUUCUGUAUUUUUGUGACAACCUAAAUAUGAACUGUUUACUGUUUUUAUUAGGGCAAUGAUUAACCUGCAUUUCUUAACAUAUGUUUCUUUGAAAUCUGGGGAAUGUAACAAACCUGGCUAGCAAACAUGGAGCUGUGAUACCGUAUCAUUUAGGAUGAUUUUGUUGUGGUAUAACAAAUAGCUGUGUGAUCUGCGAAUAUGCAUUAUUUUCUGUUGACUUUUAUAUGAUCUUUAACAAUGAUGCUGGUGUUCCUUGAAAUAUGCAUUUGCAGAACUCUACAACAAAAAAUGCUUUUAAAAAUAUGCUGCAGUGAUAUCCAGGGUAAUUUUAGACGGCAGGAUGGGUACCCUUUAAAACAAUGCCAUUGUCUUUGUAUUUCCGAGUGCUUCUCUAUAAAGUCAAUAAAAAGAAUUGUCAGAGAAAAAAAACAAAG